GCAAACUGACAUUUUUUUCCGGUUAUCUGCUCACCAGGUGCUGAUUUACUUUUUAAUAGGAAAUGUACAAACAAAAUUAACCAAUGUAGACUUCAUUAGACUCUAACAGGCUCUUCAGUUCGUGUGGGUAUGAUGUGGAUAGGACGAAGCAACAGCAUGCUUACGGCCUUCUGCCCAGUUGGUUCAUUCUCUUGCUCUUGUGGGAUAAAUUGCAAUAUUGUUCCUACUCCCUGAUCCCCAAAUCAGUGAGUAUGCUUCUGUGCACCCUCUCUCAUGAAGUGACGGGACUGUUUCCAGCGACUGCAAAUCGAUGGCAGCCUUGGCAUGCAGGGCAAUGGAGGAGCUGAGAGGUUCUCUCUACAAUGAAUUUCAUACUUCGGAAGGGGCUAAGCGACAGCAGCAGAGGUUUUGUGGCCCGGGUGUCGCGCUAACAUUCAACUUUGUGGUUUCUGUUGGGAUCAUCAUGGCAAACAAAAUGGUGAUGGGUAGUGUUGGGUUUAACUUCCCAGUUGCACUGUCUCUAAUUCAUUACAUAGCUGCCUGGGUCCUCAUGGCUGUCCUGAGGGCAUUAUAUUUGAUGCCCAUUGCUCCUCCUUCAAAAUCCACUCCUUUCUCCUCAUUAUUCGCUUUGGGUGCUGUGAUGUCUUUUUCCACCGGACUUGCUAAUAUCAGCUUAAAGCAUAAUAGUGUAGGGUUUUAUCAAAUGGCUAAGAUAGCUGUAACUCCAACCAUAGUUGCAGCAGAAUUUAUUCUUCUCAGAAAAGGUGUUUCCUUUCGAAAGGUCAUCACACUAGUUAUAGUGUCAUUUGGUGUGGCUGUAGCAACUGUUACUGAUUUGGAGUUCAACAUUUUUGGUGCUUGUGUGGCAGUAGCUUGGAUCAUUCCUAGUGCUAUAAACAAGAUCCUGUGGUCAAAUCUGCAACAGAGUGGAAACUGGACUGCUCUUGCGUUGAUGUGGAAGACAACCCCAAUUACAAUAUUUUUCUUUCUUGUCCUGAUGCCUUUGAUGGAUCCUCCAGGAUUGUUGUCUUUCAACUGGAAUUUCAAGAACAACUGUGCAAUUAUGAUAUCUGCUUUGCUUGGUUUUCUUCUUCAGUGGUCCGGUGCUUUGGCACUUGGUGCAACCUCGGCUCUAUCUCAUGUUGUGCUAGGCCAAUUCAAGACUAUUGUCAUAAUGCUCUCUGGGUUUCUGGUAUUUAAAUCUGAUCCUGGACUCACCAGUCUUUAUGGAGCUGUCAUUGCACUAGGAGGCAUGUCAGUCUACACUUACCUAGGGCUAAAAGAGUCAACCACUGGCGGUAAGAGAAUUCCAUCAGCGUCUAGGCAGAGUUCUCUCUCACUGAAGUCCAAGGUUAUAAUAGACGAAGAAAAGCCAGAAACAAGACCAGUGGACUCUGUCUAAGUUGAAGAAUUGCCAUUUGGACUGCAUUUGUUGAGUUCCAUGCACCAACUUCACCUGAGUUUAACCUUAUUGAGGGAAGACGGUCAAUCUGUAUGCAAGUAGCAUUCUUAAGAGCAUGCUCCCUUUCCCCCUCUUGUUCUUCCUAGAAUGCUAUGAUUCUGUUUUAGGAAAUUUUAGUAAGCUGUUGUUCUCCGUUCACCAUACUCUUAACAUAGAAAUAGCUGUCAUUCUCCAAUGUUACCAAUUUUGGUCAACAUGUGUAUUUUUUGGUUGUGCCAUUUACCUUGUGGAUUUUUGCAAUUUCAGAAAAUAUAUGAUAUGCUGCUAACAGUAGUUCUUGUUGGACUUCUUGUA